CCAGACCUGAGCCAUGGCUCGCCCCUUGCUCCUCUGCCUCCUGCUCGCUCAGCUGGGACCCGGCGCUGUCGGCGCCAGCCGCGACCCUCCGGGACGGCCCGAGUCCCCUCGUGAGAGGACGCUGCGGGGGAAGCAGCACGCCCAGCCGCCAGCUCGAGCCUCUGCCUCGGACCCCUCGGCUCCCUGGAGCCGCUCCACGGACGGCACCAUCUUAGCGCAGAAACUCGCCGAGGAGGUGCCCAUGGACGUGGCCUCUUACCUCUACACGGGGGACUCCCACCAGCUGAGGCGAGCCAACUGCUCCGGACGCUAUGAGCUGGCCGGCCUGCCGGGGAAGUCACCAGCCCUCGCCAGCUCUCAUCCGUCCUUGCACGGGGCUCUGGACACACUGACACAUGCCACCAACUUCCUCAACACGAUGCUGCAGAGCAAUAAGUCGCGGGAGCAGAACUUGCAGGAUGACCUGGAGUGGUACCAGGCGCUGGUGCGGAGCCUCCUGGAAGGCGAGCCCAGCAUCUCCCGGGCGGCCAUCACCUUCAGCACCGAGUCGCUGUCCGCACCGGCCCCACAGGUCUUCCUCCAGGCCACCCGUGAGGAGAGUCGCAUCCUUCUCCAAGACCUGUCCUCCUCCGCACACCACCUGGCCAACGCCACGCUGGAGACCGAGUGGUUCCACGGCCUCCGGCGCAAGUGGAGGCCCCACUUACACCGCCGCGGCUCCAAUCAGGGACCCCGGGGCCUGGGCCAUAGCUGGCGGCGCAGGGACGGGCUCGGCGGGGACAAGAGCCAUGUCAAGUGGUCUCCGCCUUAUCUGGAGUGCGAGAAUGGGAGUUACAAGCCCGGGUGGCUGGUGACUCUUUCCGCUGCCUUCUACGGGCUGCAGCCCAACCUGGUCCCGGAAUUAAGGGGAGUCAUGAAAGUUGAUAUAAAUCUCCAGAAGAUGGAUAUUGACCAGUGUUCAAGUGAUGGCUGGUUUUCCGGAACUCACAGAUGCCACCUUAACAAUUCAGAAUGUAUGCCCAUCAAAGGCCUAGGAUUUGUACUCGGAGCCUAUGAGUGCAUUUGCAAAGCAGGAUUCUAUCGUCCUCAAGUCUUUUCAGUGAACAACUUUCAGAGAAGGGGUCCCGAUCAACAUUUUUCAGGAAGUGCAAAGGAUGUGUCAGAAGAAACCCAUGUCUGCCUACCCUGCAGGGAGGGCUGUCCCUACUGCGCUGAUGACAGCCCGUGCUUUGUCCAGGAGGAUAAGUAUUUGCGACUUGCUAUCAUCUCCUUCCAAGCCCUGUGUAUGCUGCUGGACUUCAUUAGCAUGCUGGUGGUCUACCACUUUCGCAAAGCAAAGAGCAUCAGAGCUUCAGGCCUUAUUCUGCUAGAAACGAUUCUUUUUGGGUCUCUGCUCCUAUACUUUCCGGUUGUUAUUUUGUACUUUGAGCCAAGCACAUUUCGUUGUAUUCUGCUAAGAUGGGUCCGUCUUCUCGGUUUUGCUACUGUAUAUGGAACUGUCACUCUGAAGCUUCACAGGGUUUUGAAGGUGUUUCUUUCACGAACAGCCCAACGAAUUCCAUACAUGACUGGUGGCCGAGUCAUGAGGAUGCUGGCAGUAAUACUCUUGGUGGUAUUUUGGUUUCUUAUUGGCUGGACUUCAUCAGUAUGCCAGAAUUUGGAGAGGCAGAUUUCACUUAUUGGCCAGGGACAAACAUCCGAUCACCUCAUCUUCAACAUGUGCCUCAUUGACCACUGGGAUUACAUGACAGCAGUUGCUGAAUUUUUAUUUCUCCUGUGGGGUGUUUAUCUCUGCUAUGCAGUGCGGACAGUCCCAUCAGCAUUUCAUGAGCCACGCUACAUGGCUGUCGCAGUCCACAAUGAGCUCAUUAUCUCUGCUGUAUUCCAUACAAUUAGAUUUGUUCUUGCCUCAAGACUUCAGUCUGAUUGGAUGUUGAUGCUAUAUUUUGCACAUACUCAUUUGACUGUGACAGUCACUAUCGGGUUGCUGUUGAUUCCAAAGUUUUCACAUUCAAGCAAUAACCCCCGAGAUGAUAUUGCUACAGAAGCAUAUGAAGAUGAGCUAGACAUGGGUCGAUCUGGAUCCUACCUGAAUAGCAGUAUCAAUUCAGCCUGGAGUGAGCACAGUUUGGAUCCAGAGGACAUUCGGGAUGAGCUAAAGAAACUCUAUGCCCAGCUGGAAGUAUAUAAAAGGAAGAAGAUGAUCACAAAUAAUCCCCACCUCCAGAAAAAGCGGUGCUCGAAGAAGGGCUUAGGCCGUUCCAUCAUGAGGCGUAUUACCGAGAUCCCAGAGACUGUCAGCAGGCAGUGUUCUAAAGAGGACAAGGAUGUUGCAGACCACAGCCUGGCCAAAUGUGGUGCCCUAGUUAGGAAGAACCCACCAGAGUCUUCAGGUAACACUGGGAGACCCAAGGAGGAGUCCCUGAAAAACCGAGUCUUCUCCCUCAAGAAAUCCCACAGCACUUAUGACCACGUGAGGGACCAAACAGAAGAGUCCAAUAGCCUCCCUACAGAAAGCCAAGAGGAAGAGGUCACGGAAAAUUCCACACUAGAAUCUCUGUCAGGUAAAAAGCUCACACAAAAGCUGAAAGAAGACAGUGAGGCUGAGUCCACUGAGUCGGUGCCACUGGUGUGUAAGUCAGCCAGUGCCCACAACCUCAGCUCAGAGAAGAAGCCUGGGCACCCACGAACAUCGAUGUUACAGAAGUCUCUCAGUGUCAUAGCCAGUGCCAAGGAGAAGACUCUUGGAUUAGCUGGGAAAACCCAGACAGUAGGUGUGGAAGAGCAUGCUAAACCCCAGAAAUCUCUGCCUAAAGAUAAAGAGACAAACAGAAAUUACCCAAAUCCAGAUAACACAGAGACUAAAAACUCUGCCCCCCAAAACUCCAAUCACUUGGAGGAGCCAAGAAAGCCUCAGAAAUCUGGGAUUAUGAAACAACAAAGGGUCAACCCCCCUACUGCGAAUUCUGACUUGAGUCCAGGCACCACCCAGAGGAAGGGCAACUUUGACAUUGGGGAAGUGUGCCCUUGGGAGAUUUACGACAUGAACCCUGGUCCUGUGCCUUCAGAAUCAAAAGUUCAAAAACACGUAUCAAUUGUGGCUUCUGAAACGGAGAAAAACCCAGCCUUUUCCUUAAAGGAGAAAUCUUACCACAAGCCUAAGGCAGCUGAAGUUUGUCAGCAGUCCAGUCAGAAGAGUAUAGAUAAGGCUGAGGUAUGCCCUUGGGAGACCCAGGGUCAGUUCCUUUUGGAAGAUGAGAAGCAUUUGAUUUCCAAGACCCCGGUUCUCCCAGGGAGAGCAAAAGAUGAGAAUGGAGGUCAGCACCACAUGGCCAAUGUGUGUGCCGGGCAGUAUGAGGAACUGCCCCCCAAAGCUGUAGCAUCGAAAAUAGAGAAUGAAAAUCUCAACCGAAUAGGAGACCAGGAGAAAAAGACAUCUUCCUCUGAGGAAAAUGUGCCUGGCUCCUAUAACUCAAGUAAUAAUUUCCAGCAACCAUUAACAUCGCGAGCAGAGGUGUGUCCUUGGGAGUUUGAGACCCCAGAUAAACCAAAUGCUGAAAGAAGUAUAGCUUUACCUGCCUCUUCUGCUUUAAGUGCAAAUAAGAUAGCAGGGCCUCGGAGAGAGGAGGCCAGGGAUACUUUCAAAGUGUAGCAUCCAUAUGGAGAAAAGGAGGAGGAAACCCCAGAUCGGAUGUAAGACAGAAGGUAUAAGAAUUAAAAAUUUCCAGUCAAGGGGAAGAUGACAGACAGUGAGGUAAAGUCAAAGGCGUGGGCAGAAGAUGACCAGGAGGGUGGGAGCAACAGCAUCAGCAUGGAGAAGUCAGACUUUGGCCAAGAAAAGUCAUUCUCCUGGUGACACUAGGAAAAUCUUUACAUUUCAGCAUGUUUAAGGGAAAUAGCCCCAAAUGUCUGCCCCAGAUCAGUAUUCACCCCUGGAACUUUGACGAUCCUAAGCAAAGGAAACCAAGAGACAAAGAAGACAUACCAGAUUUUGCAAAGAAGAAAAAGGUAUAGACAUAUAUAACUGAAAUUCUAAGUAACUGACUAAAAAGAACUUAACGUUACCUAUUUAACCUUGAUGGCACUGCUAACUUAAUGCAUCCCCCCAAAAUCUUUUAUAUUAAUGAUUGCUCUCAUUUUUUUUUUUGGUAGCGACAGAGUCUCACUUUAUUGCCUUUGGUAGAGUGCUGUGCCAUCACAGCUCACAGCAACCUCCAGCUCCUGGGCUUAGGCGAUUCUUUCGCCUCAGCCUCCCCAGUAGCUGGAUGUAUGUUUCAGAACAUUGUUGUGUCUCAUAUUCAAGCAUUCCAGAUUGUAUAAUUUUUUGCAAAUAACUUUGGUAUUAUGUGACACGACACAUUUAUGCAAUCUGCAGCUACCCAAUUGUUAUUGCAACUUAACAAAAUACCUGCUAUCUAUCAACUUUAGUUGAUUCUCAAAGUAUAGUAAACUUUCUCUGGCUUGGGAAGCCAUAACUGUUAUGAUAAAAACUUUUAGUUUUGGCUGUAGUUUAUAUAUUGUGAAUUUGAAUUUGACUCUGUUAUUUCACAUCAUGGUUUGUUAUACUGUCUUAAUCAGGGUUUUUUAUAGAAGUUGAGUUACUUAGUUUGCACUUCUUGUUAGGACUCAGAAGCUUUAUUAAUACUGGAGAUCAAGUGGUCCUACUGAGUCAGAUGUCUUGAUAAGUCAAGGACAACUUAUCCAUUGUUUAUUCAAAGUCAGAAAUAGAUAAUGCCUUCAUCCCAAUUAACUGUCCCUUUUAACUCUUUCAGUAUUUCAUACUAAGCAACAUUUACUAAGGAAGAAGUUAAGAGGGAGAAAUCUAUACUGUGCAUUCUUAUUACUGUUGGAAAGGGAAGACCCUAGGAAUUAGAUGAAAAUUACAGCAGUAGUAUAGAACCAGAAAGUUUGCCUUUCAAAACAAAGACAGAAAAGAAGCUCUUCAUAGCACUUUCAAGGGAUUAUUUUUUUAAAGAGAAAAAUUAUGAUAGUGUCAAGAUCAUUGUAUGGAUAUAUUUUUAUUAUACAGACUGAAAAUACAAUAUUUUAAAUUACCUUAAACUAUUUAUUCUCAUAAACUCUUAUUCAUUGCUCCAGCUAGGGGUAGAACCUGCUGGGCUCAAAUCCCAAAGAGGUUUUAUAACCUGAUGUAUUCAAAGCCUAUAAAGAGGUAUGGGGCUCUUCAUUCACCCAAGCACUGGAACACUUACAAGUCUUGCAAAUUGCCGUUGCGAGCCACUGGCUCAAAAUGCAAAGUGUAAGGUUUAUUUGCAAGGCAAAAACAGCCCCCAAACCAUAUUUUAUAAAACUUACUGCAUUCCACACCAAUCUCUUAGCAUGAAAAUCCUAAGCUGCUGACUUGGCCCUCCUGACGUGAUCAUGCCAUGAGAUUUCCAAGCUGUCUCAUUUUAUUUAAAGACGAAUCACUUAAAAAUAAAACUGAGACUUCCCAUCCUCUCGCUUUAAGCACUGAAGUAUCAGCUGCUUUGGUCAGGGCACUUCCAGCCUAAAUAACUUUUUUUAUUUUGUGAGCGGCAAGGAGAACAUGCUAGGAGGAUAAAAGAUGGGGAAAGGGAAUCAAAGGUGGACACAGGGCUGUACUUCGAGAAAAUUAUCCUCAGUGGAAGGGAAAUAUGAAUUCUUCAUAUCCAUCAUCAGAAUCUUCUCAGUGGCUUUUAUUCAGGAGUAAGUGAGCACUUCACUGUUUUGCAAAACUGUGCACAAAUCUUCCUCACCCGUUUGCUUGCUAUGCGCCUUACUCAGGUUGGUGGGAUAGGUUUGAAAAGAUGUAGAAGUUCCAGGUUUGAAAAGAUGUAGAAGUUCUAUUUUUGUGUGUUUCCUUCAUUCAUUUCUUUCAUCCCUUCCUUUCUCAUGAAGGCCUGUAGGCUUGGUGCCCUACCUUAAGGUAUCUUUGUGAAUUUGGUUUGGGAUUUCCAGUCCCACCUACUUGCUUCGUUUAUGUCCAAGGGCUGUUAGCACUUGAUUCAUUUCUUGAGAAAGAAGCGGUCAAGCAUCAGUGUCCUUUUAUUGCAGUUCAGGAUGAUCCUGCUGGAGAUGUGGCUUAAAAAAGACUUGCCAAAUCACACCUUAGUGACACUCUACAGUCCCUAGAUUAUUCUCCACCAGCAUGUCUCAGUGACUGGACCGAGGGUCUUUCCUAGAGUUUCAUUGCCAUUACUUAUCACCAAAAGAAGUUUCGAUCUACAGUUCUAGAGGGCAUUUUCCAUACUGGUGACAAUAAGAAAGUGAAUAAACACCAUUAAGGUCCCAGACGUUUCUAGGUUGUCCUUCUCAGUGCAUGUGCGGGCUGCAUCCUGUCCUUGUUUUUAAGCCAGGGUUUAUAAAUAAGUAGAUUUAUACCAACCUUAAUAGAACUGUAUAUUUUAUGCAAGAAUUAAAUGCUUUUAUGACAUGAAGUAUAACUCAACCUAUUGUAAACUUUGGUGGCAAUAUGGAUUUGAAACUCGACAGUUCUCUCGUAUUUGCUUCCUAGGUUUCUGCAUGCAAGUGAUGACAGGUAGGACUGAAAAAACACUGCCUUUUGACUUCUAGCAUUUAGCAACCGAGAGUUGUAGAGUCAAUAAAACUGUAAGUCUCUUCACUUAAUAUGUGGUUCUGCUGAAACUAUUAUCUGAAGCCUACAGCAUCCCACCAUGAAAUAUUUGGUAAAUUUAUGUUGUGACGUGUUGCAGCAUGUAAAUAACGAUAACUUCUCUGCAAUAAAACAUAUUUAUAUGAAA